CAAUAGAAUACCCCCCCCCCCCGGUUCCCUUUCUAAGCAUAUAUUAUAUAUGUUCCAUGCAAGAAGCAAUCCCUUAUAAAUCAUACAUGGCUGCCACCGCCGGUGGCCGUUCGCGGCUUCACAAUUUUCUCGAAGGCGCCGGUAAUGGCGGGGAACAUCGACUCGUUGCCAACGGCUGUGAAAACAAUGUAACGAAAUUGGUUGUGGAGAAUGCGGUGAUAGUAUUCGGUAGACGUGGUUGCUGCAUGUGCCAUGUCGUGAACAGGUUGCUACUGGGGCUCGGAGUGAAUCCGGCGGUUUGUGAAGUGGACGAAGAGAAGGAAGAGGCGGUGCUCCAUGAACUGUCAGUAACAAACGGGGGUGGAGUUCAGUUCCCGGCUGUUUUCGUGGGAGGGAAGUUGUUCGGCGGUUUGGAUAGGGUCAUGUCUACGCAUAUUACAGGUGAAUUGGUGCCUAUUCUGAAAGAAGCAGGGGCUUUAUGGCUAUGAUGACUUAUAAUCAAUCUGUGUUUAUACUCAUGUUUCUUCUUCUGGCUUCCUCUUUUUUUGCUUUUAGUUGUAGAAAUGCAGCAAAUUUAACUUUUAAUCAUGUCUUUGAGGGAAUAGAUCGUGUACUAAUUGUAUGGAUGUUGAGUAUUGAGACAGAGGCAAGGGUUUCGGGACUUGUAAAUUCCUUCAUCAUAUCGAAAAGCUCUUUCGGGAGAACUCAGAUUGAAUGUAAAAUUCUUGCCAAUUUUCUCUUCUAUUGAAAUCAGAGAUGGAGGCUAAAAUUA